UGCACUUGGCUUCUCUCUGUUCGGACUUCACUCAAUCUAUCUUCAACCAGACGAUAAGAUGAAAGCCUGGUGAUUCAUCAUUUAAACAAAAUACUACCAUCAAGCGAGCUACAACUGUCCAAUAUGCCCAGUUUCCUCAGGAAAUUGCAUCCCCAGCCGCCUCCAAAGGAAGACUACGAUGAUGAACAGUUUAACGUCGAAUAUUCUUUCGCCGUCGAAUACAGUGGCCCUCCUCCUGAUUAUACUAUCCCCAAGGCUGUUCCACUCUAUGUCGAUCGAAUCCCGACCGCCUCUAUUGCUUCUAAGGUGGGUACUCUGUCAGUACCGGUUAUUCAACCUGUUACCACGAAAGCAAAAAAAUUGAAUCAAAAAUCGGGUUCUCUAUCCCCAAAUUCAGUUAUCCAAUCUUCUGGAUUUGGAAUUGGUGUGUCGGAGGCUUUAGCUAGCUCAGACAGUUGCGGAAAUUCUUCUAGAUUAGUUUACGACAGAGAGAAUCUGGACGCAGUAGAUGGCCCUGAACAGGCUGAACUGAUACCCAAGCUAGAAAGUAGUAUUGAUAUUGAAAAUGAGGGUGAGGAAGAUUUAAUCAAAUCAUAUUUGGGUUCUGCUGCUUGUGGAUCAGAGGUUUCUUUCUGUACAGAAAAUGAAGAGGGGGAUCAUAUUUCAGUUGUGGAAAAUAGUGCGUUUAGUGAAGAUGAGGAAGAAGAAGAUGAAGAUGAAAGAAUUGAAACUAAUGUUAAGGAAAGGCCAAUAUGUAGAACUGAUCUGAAGAAAGGGAUUUGUCAUAAGUGUUUUAAAGGAAAUAGGUUUAUGGAGAAGGAGGUUUGCUUUGUUUGUGGUGCCAAGUACUGUGGUAACUGUGUGUUGAGAACAAUGGGGACGAUGCAGGAAGGAAGGAAAUGCAUAACUUGCAUUGGCUUCUCCAUUGAUGAGUCAAAGAGGGGAGCCUUAGGGAAGCCCUCACGUUUACUCAAACGAUUGCUAAUUGUUUCGGAAGUUGAAAGGAUUAUGCAAUCUGAAAUCUCAUCUCCGGUGAACCAUUUGCAAUCUCAACUUGUAUAUGUAAACGGAAAGCCCCUUUCCCAUUCAGAGUUCACUCUACUUCAAAAUUGUACUUGUCCACCAAAAAAACUUAAACCGGGAAGGUAUUGGUAUGACAGGGUAGCUGGUUUUUGGGGAAAGGAAGAGCAUAAGCCUUGCCAGAUUAUCAGUUGUGAAUUGGCAGUUGGUGAUCAGAUUAAGGAGAAUGCAAGCAAUGGAAACACAAAUGUAUUGGUGAAUCGAAGACGGAUUACAAAAAAAGAGCUUUGGAUGCUGCAGCGGGCAGGAGUUCAUUGCGAAGGAGAACCUCAUUUCUGGUUAGGCUCAGACGGGUCUUGCUCCUUAGAGGGACAGAAGAAUGUACUCUGCAAGAUAUGGGAUAAGCCUGGAAUCAAGAUAUUUUGUUCCUUGCUAUUUUUGCCUACUCCUCCUCAGCUAGCAAAUGAUAAUGAAGGAGAAGGAGGAGAAGGAGGAGGACAGGUGGAUAUACUUCCAAGUCCAAAUGAUUUUCAGCAGAAAACUGUUAAUAAAAUUCUUCUGGUUGGGUAUGACAAAUCUGGGACAAGUACAAUAUUUAAACAGGCGAAAAUUGUAUAUAACAUUCCGUUCUCAGAAGAUGAACGGGAGAGCCUUAAAUUUAUUAUUCAGAGCAAAUUAUACUGGUAUUUGGGUAUACUUCUGGAGGGGCGACAGCGGUUUGAGGAGGAAUAUCUAGCUGAAAUGAGGAACAAAUUUAUCAACCAGCCCGGUCCUUCAGAUAUCUCAAGGCGAAUUGAAGAAGGAAAUGUUUAUUCAAUUGGUAAAAGAGUAAAAAGAUUCUCGGAUUGGCUUUUGGAGAUCAUGAUGUGUGGAAAUCUUGAAAUAAUUUUCCCAGAAGCUAGCCUAGAAUAUGGACCCCUUGUUCAGGAAGUGUGGAGGGAUAAGGGUUUCCAAGCUACAUUCAAUCGCAUAAACGAGAUAGACUCAUUGCCAACUGUUGCUAAUUACUUUUUAACAAGGGCUGUUGAGAUUUCAAAUACAGAUUAUGAACCAUCUGAUAUGGACAUUCUGUAUGCAGAGGGUAUCACAUCCUCUAACCGCCUUUCAAACAUGGAGUUCUCGCUUCCCCAAUCCACAUUCCACCAGAGCUGCUUUAUGGACGCUGCUGAACCUGAUGACAGAUUGUUAAGGUAUCAAUUAAUAAGGGUCCAUUCAAGUAGCCUUGGAGGAGGAAACUGCAAGCUGCUUGAUAUGUUUGAAGAUGUGGAGAUGGUGAUGUACACGGUUGACAUAACUCAGUAUGACGAAAUUGGAGAGGAUGGAAUCAAUAAAAUGGUGGCUAGCAGGAAUCUAUUCGAAAGCAUUGUGACGCAUCCAAAUUUCAAAAGUAAGAACUUUCUUCUGUUACUGAAUAAGAUGGAUCUGUUGGAAGAGAAGAUUGAGCACGUCCCGUUAAGAAGAUGCGAGUGGUUUGAAGACUUCAAUCCUGUAAGAAGCAGGAAUCCCGGUACGAGGGAAACUAGGAGGAGCAGCAGCAGUAAUAAUAAUAAUAAUAAUAAUAAUAGAACAAACAACAAUUAUUGUUUGUCCCAGCUAGGAUUCCAUCACGUUGCAGUUAAAUUCAAGAGAUUGUUUAGUUCUCUAACGGGUGGACGGAAGCUGUACGUGUCGCAGGUGACGGGGUUGGAACAAGAGAGUGUGGACGAAGCUUUUAGAUAUGCCAGGGAGAUUUUGAAAUGGGACAACGACAGACGACCCAAAACUACUACAUCACUCAACGAGGAAGAAGAGUCUUCAACCAUGUCUUCUUCUUAAGUAAAUUAUUAUAUUCUUAUGAAAGAACAGAUUGUAUUUGUAUUGUAUCAAUAUAGAAAAGGGAAAUAAUAAAUUGUAUUUAUUGUUGAGAAAUUAAUUAAGGUGUAGUAAAACGGUCCAUGAU